AUGGCUCUUAUUCCAGUUGUCUCUUCUCGGAAACUUCCACAACUGCUUUUCAGUAGAAAUGUUGCUGCAAAUGUUGAUCAGUUCGAGCUGCCAUGCUUUAGAUCGCUGCGAGCUUUCUUCUCGACUCAGAAGCUCAUAGGCGAUGAACCAGUUCUUGUUCGAGAUUUCAUUCACACUGCGUUGUAUGAUCCAAACCACGGCUACUUCUCUCAACGAUCACGAUCCGUUGGGGUUUUGGAGAGAAGCAUUAAGUUCAACCAGCUUGAUGGGAGGAAGGCGUACAUGAAAUUAUUGGAAAAGGUUUACAGGCAGAGUGACAUUUCUUGGUUUACUCCAGUCGAGCUCUUCAAGCCUUGGUAUGCUCAUGGGAUCGCAGAAGCCAUACUGCGAACCACAAAUCUCUCGGUUCCAUUGAAGAUUUAUGAAAUUGGUGGUGGAUCGGGCACCUGUGCGAAGGGUGUUUUGGACUACAUAAUGUUGAAUGCUCCAGAGAGAAUCUAUAAUAACAUGAGCUACACUUCUAUAGAAAUCAGUCCUUCACUGGCUAAGAUUCAAAAGGAAACUGUUGCACAAGUUGGAAGUCAUCUGUCAAAGUUUCGAGUUGAGUGUCGUGAUGCAUCUGACCUAUCUGGAUGGAGUGAGGUUCUUUCUCUUCCGCAUGUGGCAGAUUUUGUUUGUUAUCUGGUUGAAAAUGUUAAACUUAGAAAUGUGGAGCAACAACCGUGCUGGGUGAUAAUGCUCGAGGUGCUAGAUAAUCUCCCACACGAUCUUGUCUACUCUGAAAGUCAAGUUUCUCCAUGGAUGGAAGUCUUAGUUGAAAACAAACCAGAGAGCGAAGCACUCUCUGAGCUAUACAACCCUUUAGAAGAUCCACUGAUCAAGCGCUGCAUUGACAUUGUUGAACAUGAAGAUGAUCCGGUUUCAAAACCAAAACAAAUCUGGUCUAAACUAUUUCCCAAACCUAGACGUAGUUGGCUUCCGACAGGUUGUUUGAAACUGCUGGAGGUUUUACAUGAAAAGCUUCCAAAAAUGUCCCUAAUCGCUUCGGACUUUAGCUUCUUGCCCGAUGUGAAAGUUCUUGGUGAAAGAGCCCCAUUGGUGUCAACAAAGAAAGAUGGAUGUAGCUCAGAUUACAGUAGUUAUCUGGACGCGAAGGGUGAUGCUGAUAUAUUUUUCCCAACGGAUUUUUGGCUCUUGGAACGAAUGGACCAUUAUUGUUCCGGGUGGAGGAAGACGGAGAAAGACGGGACACCAUCGAGAAAAGGAAGGAAAAGGCGAACUCUCACUCUCGAUACAUCAGCGUUCAUGGACGAGUUUGGUUUACCUUCAAAGACGAGUACAAAGGACGGAUACAACCCAUUACUAGAUGACUUCAAGAACACCAAGUUCUAUCUUAGCGUCCCAACACACAACACUAAGUAA